AAUUCUUCUAAUACAGUAAUACUUAAAACCAAAGAGCCUCCGUUUGAGAGAGGGCGCCAAACAAAGUCCAAAAGGCGGCACAUACAAUUACAAAAAAACAACCCCUGUACUGUCCUGCUCUGCCCUUGACCCUGGCCGGCCAUGUGACUCACUUUCACUUCAUUCCUCCGUCUCUCUAACCUACAACAACUUCUCUCCCUCUCUUGUUUUCUUCAGCUUCCUCCAUGUUUUCUACUUCCAGUAGGUCCCACAGAUCUUCGGCCAUCUCGCCCUUCCGUUCCCGCAAGUCGCCUGCCCAGCCUCCGCCGUCGAAAUCCACCGGAGGGUCGGUAACUCAUUCCUCGACGACGUCAUCUAGGCCUCCCUCCAGGCUCUCAGCCACUCCUAGCAGCUCAAGUUCAAGCCCCACGGUCCAGGUCCUUGACCGGCCUGAAACUAGUAAGGCCAAGGAGAAUGUGACGGUCGCUGUUAGGUUCCGUCCUCUCAGUGCUAGGGAGAUCAAUAAAGGGGACGAGAUAGCUUGGUAUGCAGAUGGGGAUUAUACAGUGAGGAACGAGUACAAUGCUUCAAUUGCUUAUGGUUUUGACAGAGUGUUUGGUCCUGCAACAACAACUCGCCAUGUUUAUGAUGUAGCUGCCCAGCAUGUUGUUAGUGGUGCCAUGCAAGGGAUCAAUGGUACCGUGUUUGCAUAUGGUGUUACUAGUAGUGGGAAGACUCACACAAUGCAUGGAGAACAAAAGUCACCUGGAAUUAUUCCAUUGGCAGUGAAAGAUGUUUUUGGAAUUAUACAAGAGACACCUGGGCGGGAAUUUCUUCUUCGUGUUUCAUAUUUAGAAAUCUAUAAUGAGGUCAUCAAUGAUUUGCUUGAUCCAACAGGGCAAAACCUAAGAAUACGAGAGGAUUCACAGGGAACUUAUGUUGAGGGAAUCAAAGAGGAAGUUGUUUUGUCACCUGCACAUGCUCUUUCUUUGAUAGCAUCUGGAGAAGAGCACAGGCAUGUGGGUUCUAAUAAUUUCAAUCUUCUAAGCAGCCGGAGCCACACUAUAUUUACAUUGACUAUUGAAAGUAGUCCUCAUGGAGAAGAUGAAAUGGAAGAAGACGUGACUUUAUCUCAGUUGAACUUAAUUGAUCUUGCUGGGUCUGAAAGUUCUAAAACUGAAACAACUGGAUUGCGGAGAAAAGAGGGUUCAUACAUAAAUAAAAGCUUACUUACUCUUGGCACAGUGAUCUCUAAACUAACGGAUGGAAAAUCAAUUCAUAUUCCAUACCGUGAUUCAAAGCUCACACGUUUGUUGCAGUCAUCCCUUAGUGGUCAUGGGCGGAUAUCUCUUAUUUGCACAUUGACACCUGCCUCUAGCAAUAGUGAAGAGACACACAACACAUUGAAGUUUGCACACAGAAGCAAGCAUGUAGAGAUCAAAGCUUCUCAGAAUAAGAUUAUGGAUGAGAAGUCUCUCAUAAAAAAGUAUCAGAAGGAAAUUUCCUGCUUGAAGCAAGAACUUCAGCAAUUGAAGCGUGGAAUGAUGGAAAAUCCUUAUACAGCUGCUGCAUCUACCCAAGAAGAUCUGGUUAAUUUGAAGCUUCAGCUGGAAGCUGGCCAAGUCAAAUUACAGUCAAGAUUAGAAGAAGAGGAGCAAGCUAAGGCAGCUUUAAUGGGAAGAAUUCAGCGUUUGACCAAACUUAUCUUAGUCUCCACUAAGAAUUCCAUGCAAUCAACUCUUCCUGAAAGGCCUGGUCAUAGGCGAAGGCAUUCUUUUGGGGAAGACGAGCUAGCAUAUUUACCAGAUAGGAAACGAGAAUACGUAAUCGAAGAAGGUGCUGGAAGCUAUGCUUCUGAGCUUUCAGCUGACAAAGGAGAUGGCAUCACCAAUCUAGAUGAGUUGGUGAAUGAUUACAAAAGGAACAAGAGACGUGGGAUGCUUGGCUGGUUUAAAGUAAGAAAGCCUGAAAAUCUGCUUAGGUCGUCCCCAAGUGCUGAUAGUGAGAGCUCUACGAGUGGGUCGCCAGCAUCUUGUUCUAAAUCAUCACAAAAUAGAGUCAUGUUUAGUGAUGUGAAAGAUGGGCAGAGAAGAUCAAUCAGUAGAAGAGACGAUUCUUUGCUCAUAGACUCAUUUCCGGAAAGAACCCAAGCAGGUGACUUGUUUAGUGCCACUGUUGGAGGUCGACGAUUGCCUCCGACUGGGGCCACAAUCACAGAUCAAAUGGAUCUGCUUCAUGAGCAGAUGAAAAUGUUAGCUGGGGAGGUGGCAUUGUGUACUAGUUCUCUGAAACGACUGUCGGAGCAAGCUGCUACCAACCCUGAAGAUUCUCAACUGAAAGAACAAAUGCAGAAAUUAAAGGAUGAAAUUUAUGAAAAGAAGCUUCAGAUGCGUGUUUUGGAGCAACGCAUGAUUGGAUCAGUUGAGAUGACUCCACAUAAAUCGAGCACCAUUGAAUUAUCACAGGCUCUAUCCAAGCUCACUACUCAGCUGAAUGAAAAAACUUUUGAACUCGAGAUCAAGUCAGCAGAUAACAGGAUACUUCAAGAGCAACUACAGAUGAAGAUAGCAGAAAACACUGAGAUGCAAGAGACAAUUCUUCUUCUGAGACAGCAGCUUAAUUCAUUAUUGGGUAGCAGUCAACAACAAAGUGCAGAAUCUGAGUGUAAUACACUCAAAAUGGGUUCUGAAGAGGCACAGAGAAAGAACAAAGAUGAGAGAAACGACCUUUGGCCAUGUGAAGAAACCUUUGUCGAUGAAAAUACACCAAAAAGUGUGAUGAGCUUGAAUAGAAUAUUUUCCCAGGAGGACCCCAAAGAAUGCAAUGGGAAUGCAGCUUUGAAUUUUCAAGUCCUUACACAGGCUGCCGAGAUAGAGAAUCUGAAGCAGGAGAAGGUGAAGUUGAUUGAAGAAAAGGAUGGACUUGAAAUUCGAAGUCAAAAACUGGCAGAAGAAGCUACAUAUGCCAAAGAACUGGCUUCAGCUGCAGCAGUUGAGCUCCGAAACUUGGCUGAAGAAGUUACCAAGCUUUCUUAUGAAAAUGCAAAGCUGACUGAUGAUCUGGCUGGUGCAAAAGAUGCGCAUUGCAGAUCUAAUUGUAGUCAGAAGUCGGUUUCAUAUGAUUCCAAGCAGAAGAACUCCAGUAGCAAUCGAUCUGGUAGUCAUGCUAGAAGACAAGAGGAUAGUCUUUCUGUUGAGGACUUACAGAAGGAACUCAACGUGAGAUACCAAAGAGAAGCUGCAUUGGCAGCUGCAUUAUCAGAGAGAGAGAAAAUAGAAUGUGAGCUACGAGGAAGACUUGAUGAAGCAAAACAGCAUGAAGAGGAUUUGGAAAAUGAGCUUGCAAAUAUGUGGGUUCUGGUUGCAAAGAUGAGAACAUCUGGUGUCAACACUGAGGACAUACAGUCUAAAGGUGUCCUUGCAUCUCACACUUCUCAAGCUGGGGUUAAGAAUGGAUAUCUGCCUUCUAAUGGCCAUUCUAGUAAAAUAUCAAAAAAUGAACUUUGUGAAAAUAUGGACGGGAUUAGUACAUUAGACGACUUGAAAGUGAGCUAUCAGAAAGAAAGGAGGAGAUGCAAAGAACUGGAAAACAUUAUUUCAAGAUUGAAGGGUGAAGAUAUUGGUGGUUUGGAUGUCACAACUCUUGAGCAACUACAGAAUUUUCAUAUCGAGGCAAUAACAAAAAUUUCUCAUGCAAAGUGUGUAAAUCAAAUCUUGUAACAUUCCAUGACCUAUUGUGGUCAGAUUGGAGUUCCUGACGUUUGAGGUUUAACCAAUUUGUACAGUAACAAAAGUGAAUGGAUCAGUUUAUGUCCACUCUGCUAAUUCUCUCAGUAGAAGCCUGCGACCAUGGAAUGACUUUUUCUUAUGAUUUAGAUGAAGCUAUCUUAACGCAGACCUGACAAGAAAAUUAUAUAUUUUGUAACAAAAGUUACUUUCUUUGUAUGUGGGUCAUACCCAUUUAUAUUUGCGAUGGUUACAGAACAAAAAAGAACAGCUUUUUUAAACCUAUGAUUGAACAAAUGUAUUUAUUUACAAUAUAUAAUAUCAUAAAGCUAUUUUUGCCUUUUA